AUGGAGACUCUCCUCUAUAUUCCAGAUGUAUGGGCCAAGAAGAUGGACACUCGAAGCCGCGAUCCCCCUGGCCCGAGGCUUUCGACGCACUACCUAUCCGCAGUCUCUCUGACAAAGUGCCUUUCCGAACGCUGCUCUCCACGACUGGAAUCCUUGUCCAACGAUGUGAUUGUCGAACUUGUGCAAUUCUUCGCCGGAAUUUAUGGAUCUAUGAAACCCCAAACAACUGCGCAGACGCCACGUUUUGCCCGUCGAGAAUCUGUCGCUUUCUCACAAAUUGUUAUGCCCUUCCCCGCCAACUCCAAUCUCCAAGAUGUGAAGGUGCCAGGCCGGUGA